AUAGCUGUACAGGAAUGAAAUAGAGAGACGUUUCUUUAUUAUAGAGAAGAUUUUCUCCUCAGUCAGUUUAAAGACGUGGAAGUGAAAAGUCGCUUUUUCCAGCUUCCUGCCCAACUCUUCCGUCCCAGAAGCGCCUAAAAUGGAGACUGCAACAUGUACUGCACCAGUUAAUAUUGCUGUCAUUAAAUACUGGGGAAAGCGAGAUGAGAAGCUCUUGUUGCCCAUCAAUGACUCUGUGAGUGUUACCUUGAGUGAAAUGUACGCAAAGACCACAAUUGCGGCCUCACCCAACUUCUCCAAAAAUAGAUUGUGGCUCAAUGGGCAGGAGCAGACCUUUGACUCACCCCGGAUCAUCAAUGUUCUGCGGCAGUUCCAGGAAGAAGUGAAGAAAUCCGGAGCCCAGGGAGAGAAGUAUUCCUGGAACAUUCACAUUUGUUCAGAGAAUAACUUCCCCACAGCAGCUGGACUAGCUUCCAGUGCUGCCGGAUAUGCGUGCCUUGUGUACACCCUGGCCACGCUCUAUGGGCUCCAGGAUAAGAUUGAAUUGUCCUCAAUUGCCAGGGUGGGCAGUGGAUCAGCCUGUCGUAGUGUCUUUGGGGGCUUUGUUCAGUGGGAGGCGGGUAUUCGUGCUGAUGGAGCUGAUUCAGUGGCUGUUCAGCUUGCCCCUGCCACCCAUUGGCCUGAUCUGGAGAUUCUCAUACUCGUUGUGAGUGACAAUAAGAAGAAAACCAGCUCAACUGGUGGCAUGGAGAGAUCUGUCAAGACUUCCCCCCUUAUUGAUUAUCGUGCUAAGCAAAUUGUCCCCGGGAGGGUGGAGAAAAUCUCCAAAGCAAUCCAGGAGAGGGAUUUUGAUACCUUCGCAAACAUCACGAUGCAGGAUAGCAAUCAAUUCCAUGCCAUCUGCUUGGAUACCUUCCCUCCGUGUGUCUACCUCAAUGAUGUCUCUCACGCCAUCAUUGACGUCAUUCAUCGUCUCAAUGAAGCUUCCGGAAAGAUCACAGCUGCCUACACAUUCGAUGCUGGCCCCAAUGCAUGCCUCUACCUCAUGCGCCAAGACGUCCCACAUGUCCUCAAUGUCAUCAAGAGAGCCUUUCCCAGUGACAGAGAUCACGCACCAGACUACAUCAAAGGUAUUCCCGUAGCUGAUCAACCCAUCCCCGAGGCGGUGGCUAAGAAAAUGAAUUUGGAACCAAUCGGGCAGAAUCUUCUCAAAUACAUCAUUCAUACACGUGUAGGGGAGGGCCCGCAGAUCCUCCCCCCAUCGGAAUCUCUUCUCACCAACUCUGGUCUCCCCAAAAAUCCCUAAAAGUGCUCAAAAAGCCCCCAAGGAAAAGGUUAAAUGCUGCAAUAUUAAUUUUUUAUACGCAUAUUUAUGAAUAAAUAAAAGUGGUGGAGUAAUUUUUUAUCGCA